AAAGAGCUUUUUGGAACACAUGAUUUACUAUUUGGUUCGAACUGGUUCGGACUUCCGCUUUUUCCCGGAGACUUUUCCUUGGCGGUGGUUUGGAGAUUUGCAGGACAAGAAGUUCAACUUCUUUGCUGUUGCGCAGCGGCGGCGGGCGCAGCAGCAGCUGCAGCAGCUGUCUCGCGUUGCUGCAAUGGACUUAUUUGCUGCAGCAGCAGAAGAGGGGGACUGCGAGGGGGAGGUGCUGCUGCUGCUGCAGCAGGAAGCAGCAGCAGCAGCAGCAGCAGCAGCAAGACUCAUGGGUUCCUACGCCUUCCUUUGCUGCCCCUUCAUUCCUUGCUUCUCUCUUGCUGCUGCUGCUGCAGCAAUGUGCUGCGACGGCGGCAGCGGCAAAUGGCUGGACUUGGGCGACGACGUCAACUGCCUCUUCUACCUCCCCAGCAGCAGCAGCAGCAGCAGCAGCAGCAGCAGCAGCAGCAACAGCAGCAGCAGCUGCAGCCCGACGCGCGCGCUCAACCGGCUUGCGGACCACAUGGUGAUGACGGGCCUGAGGUUUAAUCCUUCUUACUUUUCUCUUAUGGUUUCUUUCGCUGAAAUUUUGGAACAGAGAGGCGAAGAGUGGUUUUGCAGAAAAGACGAAUGCGCCUCGCAAGGGUUUCUGCGGCGGCUGCGGGCGGACGACCCGCAGCGGGAAGUUUUCGUUUCUUAUUUUCGAGAAAUGUAUUCUCGAUUUGAAGUUGCAAAAGAAAUUAAAAAUAUAAAUUCUUUUUUGAAGUGCAUGCAAAGAAAAGAAGCAGCUCACCGGCGCGAGCUGGAGGUGUACAGACACUGCGUGGCCGCGGCCGCGCCCGCCGACCCCGCAGCAGCAGCAGCAGCAGCAGCAGCAGCAGCAGCAGCAGCAAACCAGCUCCAAACCCUCUCCAAACACAAACAACUCCAAACCCUCAUCGACUCCGGAGGGUUUGUGGCCCUCGACCAAAACCACCAAGUCGUCGCCGACGCCAACGAAGUCUUCGCCUCUCUCCAGGCCUUUGACCAAGUCAAAGAAACAAUCGCGGAGACAGUGAAGAACCUGAAGACGAAUGUCCCAGAAAACCCUAAACCCUAA